AUGUCCCGCUACGAUAACCUCCCCGACUCUAAAACGGACAUCAACCCCUACGACGGCACAGACUCCUACGCCAUGAUCUCUUCAUCUUCACUAUCCUCCCCCGACUUCAUCGACAAGGCCCCGGGGCCCGCCAAAAGUCACAACAACCUCACCAUCCCCAACCUCUCAACUUUCCAGCCCUCCGCCCUCCGCUCGCUAACCACCUCCCCCUUCUCCGAGCACGAACUCCUCUCCCCUUCAUUCCAACACAUCCGCCGAACCCUCUCCCGCUCCCCGUCACCCUCACGGUCCUUCCAACAUGGCCCCGAAGGUCCCAACCCAUCCAACCCAAAAUCACGAAUCAUCAACUUCGUCCAUCGCAAUCGGCCUCUCUUCCAAGUAGCCAUUGCCCAGCUCUUCGGCGCUUUGAUGAACCUCUCUGCUCGUCUUCUCGAACUUUCUGGCGAAGGGGAAGGGGGAGAAGAAGAAGGAGGAAAAGCAGGAAUGCACCCCUUCCAGAUCCUCUUUGCUCGAAUGUUCCUGACUAGCCUCCUCUCGCUUCUUUACAUGCACUGGAAAAAGGUCGAGUUUGCGCCGUGGGGGAGGAGGGAGGUGCGGUGGUUGUUGGUUUUGCGCGGUGUUACUGGGUUUUUCGGCAUCUUCCCCCUCUGGUACUCCAUGCUCUACCUCCCCAUCGCCGAAGCAACAGUCAUCACCUUCUUGGCUCCCUCCCUCUCAGGCUACCUCUCCCACCUGCUUCUCAAAGACCCCUUCACCAAAAAAGAGCAAAUAGCCAGCUUCGUCGCCUUGGCGGGCGUCGUCCUCAUCGCUCGCCCUAUUUCCUUUUUGUUUUCCUCACCCCCCUCCACCUCAACAACCGUCUCACCCUCUUUUGAUCCCAAUACCAACGCCACCAACCUCACCUCCCCCGCUUCACCCGCCACCAAUAAUAUCACCGACGACAUCCCCCCCUCCCUCCGCCUCCUAGGCAUCGCCUCCGCCCUGCUCAGCGUCCUCGGCGCAUCCGCAGCCUACACCACCAUCCGCGCCCUCGGCCCGUCCACCCACCCUUUAAUCUCCGUCAACUACUUCAGCCUAUGGUGCACCUUCGUCUCCCUUCUAGCCUUGCUUCUCUGCCCUUUAUUCGACAUCGGGCAGGAAGCUACAGACUUGGUACCCGCUAUUCGAUGGGGUCUGCCCAGAGGGGUUUAUCAAUGGGGUUUGUUGAUAGGGUUAGGAGUCGCUGGGUUUGUGAUGCAGUUUUUGUUGACGUCUGGGUUGGGGGCUGGACCUGGUCAGGACGGGGAUGGGGGGGAGAAGGUCGGUGAGGGUGAGGGUGAAAGGAGAAGGGACCGACGGGUGACGAUGACAAAGGGAGCAACGAAGUCGAAUCGGGCGACGGCCAUGAUUUAUACGCAGAUGCUGUUCGCAGCGGGGUUUGAUAAAUGGGUGUUUGGACGGACCAUGAGUGGGUGGAGUGUAGUUGGCUGUGGGCUAAUCGUUGGAAGUGCGUUGUGGGCUGUUUUGGGAAAGGAGACGGGUGCAGAAAAGGAAGGGGUGAGGGGUGGACAGGAGGGUGCGGAUUUGGAGAUGGUUGGGGGUAUGAGGGAAAGUAGGACGGAGAGUGACGAAGAAGAGGAAGAGGUGGAAGAAUAUAGCAGGUGGGACAAGAGCGUCACCCAAGUCGAUAACCGAGAGGACUCUGUCACUGUGACAUUUGACGAUGGGACAUCAACUACAGGGACUCUUCUUGUGGCUUGCGAUGGUGCUAACUCAGUAAUUCGCCGGGCUUUGUUCCCGGAGAAGCAGUAUCCGAAGUACCAGAUUCCACCCUUCAAAUCACUCGUCUAUAACGCUCCUGCAGGCACUGAAGUAAAACGUCUCGACCUGACGGACUGGGCACCACCAAAGGGGCUGCGAAGUAGAGGUCGAGUGGCGCUUGUGGGAGAUGCCUUGCAUCCCAUGGCCAUGUACCGCGGUGAGGGCGCCAACCAUGCCAUCUUGGACGUACUCGAGUUUGCGCAAGAGGUACUUCCGUACCUGGAAGAUACGACUGCGGAGUUGCGGAAUGCCAUUGACAGAUACGAGGGCUUGGUGAUUGCCAGAGCGCGCCCGGCGGUGUUUGCUUCCCGGCAAGCGUGUAUUGAUGCGCACUGGUGGGAACGAAUCAACGGCAGCAGUCCUCUGUUGAGCAGACGAACUCCGAAUGUGGACUUCGAGGAGGAAGAUGUUCGUACAUGGUCCCACUGA